AUGGGCUGCACCGCCAGCAUUGUUCUGCUUCAGGCUUUUCGCUCUGUGGUCCAGAGGAGCUGUCCACACAUUUGUCGACGACGCCAGGAGGAACCCUCCCAUGAAAUUCUGCCUCUGGAAAGCGACGAUGAAAUGAGUCGACCCCGGACCCUCAUCAUAAUGCAGGAAAAGCCUAGACUUCUCGAGCCUUUGGAUUAUGAAACAGUCAUAGAAGAACUUGAGAAGACCUAUGGGAAGGAUCCUCUUCACGAGCUCCUGUUCUUCCCCAGCGACGACUUCUCAACAGCCACAGUGUCUUGGGAUAUCCGGACCUUGUACUCAACAGUGCCUGAAGAUGCUGCAAGCAAAGCUGAAAGUCUGCUGGUCAAAGAGGCUUGUAAAUUUUAUAGUUCCCAGUGGUAUGUGGUAAACUACAAAUAUGAACAAUAUUCUGGAGACAUUCGACAGUUACCUCGGGCCGAAUACAGAGCAGAAAAACUUCCUUCACAUUCCUUUGAGGUUGACCAUGAGGACGUCGACAAGGAUGAAGACACAACAUCCCACUCGUCUUCCAAGGGCGGUGGUGGGCCAGGAGGGACUGGAGUAUUCAAAUCAGGCUGGCUUUACAAAGGGAAUUUUAACAGCACCGUGAACAAUACUGUCACAGUUCGGUCUUUUAAGAAGCGUUACUUCCAGCUGACUCAAUUGCCAGACAAUUCCUACAUCAUGAACUUUUACAAAGAUGAGAAGAUCUCCAAAGAACCCAAAGGCUGUAUCUUUUUGGAUUCUUGUACAAGUGUGGUGCAGAAUAACAGACUAAGGAAAUACGCCUUUGAGUUGAAAAUGAAUGACUUGACCUAUUUCGUGCUGGCGGCAGAAACGGAAUCGGAUAUGGAUGAAUGGAUUCACACCCUCAACCGCAUCCUGCAAAUCAGUCCUGAGGGGACACUGCAGGGAAGGAGAAGCACAGAGCUCACGGAUCUGGGGCUGGAUCCCCUGGAGAAGUCCCCAAGCUGUGAGUGCAUGCCGGAGGAAACCGAGACCUUGGAGAACAGCCUGCACCCAGACUUUGCAAAAUACCUCACAGAAACAGAAGAAACUGUCAGAAUUACUAGGAACCAGGAGAGACUAAAUCUCUUCUCAUUGGACCCAGACAUAGAUACUUUGAAGCUUCAGAAAAAGGAUAUCUUAAAACCUGAUUCUGCAAUCAAACCAUUUGAAGAAAAGGCUGCCAAGAGAAUCAUGAUCAUUUGUAAAGCUCUCAAUUUAAAUCUUCAGGGAUGUGUUACGGAGAAUGAAAAUGAUCCAGUAACAAAUAUUGAGCCCUUUUUUGUGAGUAUGGCGCUUUAUGACCUCAGAGACUGCAGGAAGAUUUCCGCAGAUUUCCACGUGGAUCUCAACCACCCUGCUGUCAGGCAGAUGGUCUGUGGGGUGUCGGUGCCUUUGGAAAACGGCAACAUUGACUCGGUCACUCCGAGACAAUCUGAAGAGCCGCACGUCAAGGGGUUUCCCGAGGAAUGGCUGAAAUUCCCGAAGCAGGCGAUAUUUUCCGUGAGCAAUCCACACUGUGAAGUCGUCCUGGUGGCCAAAAUUGAAAAGGUACUAAUGGGAAACAUCGCAAGUGGAGCUGAACCUUAUAUUAAGAAUCCAGACUCCAACAAGUAUGCACAAAAGAUACUAAAAUCCAACAGGCAGUUUUGCAGCCGAUUGGGGAAAUAUCACAUGCCGUUUGCGUGGGCUGUGAGAUCAGUAUUUAAGGAUAACCAGGGGACUGUGGACAGAGACUCAAGAUUUUCACCUUUAUAUAGACAGGAAAGUAGCAAGAUAUCAACUGAAGACUUACUUAAACUAGUAUCUGAUUACAGAAGGAUCGACAGAACAAGCAAAACGCAAACCAUUCCUGGAAACCUGGAUAUUACUGUUGACAACAUUCCUUUGGAGCAUCCAAACUGUGUGACAUCAUCCUAUAUCCCUGUCAAGCCUUUCAAUGUGAUGGCUGACCCAGAACCCACAGUGGAAGUGGAAGAAUUUGUUUAUGACACAGCCAAGUUUUGUCGUCCUUACAGAGUAUACAAAAAUCAAAUUUAUAUUUACCCCAGACACCUCAAGUAUGAUGGCCAGAAAUGCUUCAACAAGGCACGAAAUAUAACUGUGUGUGUCGAGUUCAAAAACUCCGAUGAAGAGGGGGCCAGUCCCGUGAAGUGUAUUUAUGGCAAACCUGGAGGGCCUCUCUUCACCUCGGCAGCCUACACUGCGGUUCUACACCAUUCCCAGAACCCGGAUUUCUCAGACGAGGUGAAAAUUGAGCUGCCAACACAACUCCAUGAGAAGCACCACAUUCUGUUUUCUUUUUACCAUGUCACCUGUGACAUAAAUGCAAAAGCAAAUGCCAAGAAGAAGGAGGCUCUGGAAACCUCAGUUGGAUACGCUUGGCUUCCUCUGAAGAAGCACAAUCACAUUGCAUCUCAAGAGUAUAACAUCCCAGUAGCAACGAGUCUGCCUCCCAACUAUCUGAGCUUUCAAGAUCCAGCCAGUGGAAAGCAAAAUACAAGUGAUAUUAAAUGGGUUGAUGGUGGCAAACCACUUUUCAAAGUAUCAACAUUUGUUGUAUCAACAGUGAAUACUCAAGAUCCACAUGUGAAUACAUUUUUUAGGCAGUGCCAAAAAAGAGAGAAAGAUAUGUCUCAAUCACCUACCUCGAAUUUCAUACGCUCUUGCAAGAACUUACUGAAUGUGGAAAAGAUUCAUGCAAUCAUGAGUUUUCUGCCUAUAAUCUUGAAUCAGCUCUUCAAGGUCCUGGUGCAGAAUGAUGAAGAUGAAAUAAGUACACCGGUAACCAGGGUGCUCACCGACAUUGUGGCCAAGUGCCACGAAGAGCAGCUGGACCACUCCGUCCAGUCGUACAUAAAGUUCGUAUUCAAGACCAGGACGUACAAGGAAAGAACCAUCCAUGAACAACUGGCAAAAAAUGUGACUGGCCUUUUGAAAUCAAAUGAUGCGACAACAGUGAAGCAUGUGCUGAAGCAUUCCUGGUUCUUCUUUGCUGUCAUCCUAAAAUCAAUGGCACAACACUUGAUUGAUACAGAUAAGAUUCAGCUUCCCCGUGCUCAAAGAUUUCCAGAAUCCUACCUGCAUGAACUGGACACUCUCGUGAUGGUUCUGUGUGACCACGUGAUUUGGAAAUACAAAGAGGCAGUGGAGGAAACAAGGAGGGCGAAUCACAGCGUUGCCAGCUUUCUCAAGCGAUGCUUUACGUUUAUGGACCGGGGAUUUGUGUUUAAGAUGGUGAACAAUUACAUCAGCAUGUUCUCCUCAGGUAAUCUCAAGACAUUAUGCCAGUAUAAAUUUGAUUUUCUUCAAGAAGUAUGUCAGCAUGAGCACUUUAUUCCUCUGUGUCUUCCCAUAAGAUCAGCAAACAUUCCAGAUCCUUUGACACCUUCAGAAUCAACUCAAGAGUUACAUGCAUCAGAUAUGCCUGAAUAUUCAGUCACGAAUGAAUUUUGCCGCAAACACUUCUUAAUUGGCAUUCUGCUCCGAGAAGUCGGCUUUGCUCUGCAGGAAGAUCAAGACAUCAGGCACCUGGCUUUAGCGGUGCUGAAGAAUCUGAUGGCCAAGCAUUCAUUUGAUGAUCGAUACCAAGAACCAGAGAAGCAGGCCCAGAUAGCGAGUUUAUAUAUGCCUCUGUAUGGCAUGCUUUUGGACAAUAUGCCAAGGAUCUACCUGAAGGACCUGUAUCCGUUUACCUUUAACACGUCGAAUCAGGGUUCUAGAGAUGAUCUAAGCACAAGUGGAGGAUUUCCAACCCAGACAGCAAUGAAACAUGCAAACUCUGUAGAUACAUCAUUCUCCAAGGAUGUUUUAAAUUCAAUAGCAGCAUUUUCAUCCAUAGCUAUUUCUACAGUAAACCAUGCUGAUUCCAGAGCCUCACUGGCAAGUCUUGACUCCAAUCCAAGCACCAACGAAAAGAGCAGUGAGAAGACCGACAACUGUGAAAAGAUCCCAAGACCCUUGUCCCUGAUAGGCUCGACUCUCCGAUUUGACAAGUUAGACCAAGCAGAAACCCGGAGUCUUCUUAUGUGUUUUCUUCAUAUUAUUAAAACGAUUUCAGAAGAGACUCUGUUUGCCUACUGGCAGAGAGCCCCUAGUCCAGAGGUAUCUGACUUCUUCAGCAUCUUGGAUGUCUGUCUGCAAAAUUUCAGAUACCUAGGAAAACGCAAUAUAAUAAGAAAAAUUGCUGCUGCUUUUAAGUUUGUACAAUCCACCCAGAAUAACGGAACUCUCAAAGGGUCGAAUCCUUCCUGCCAGACGUCAGCGCACUUGCCGCAAUGGGAGAGGUCUGUCCUUGGGAAAGACAUCAUGCAGGGAAAGGCGAAGAACAAUGCCAGUGAAAUCGACAUCGUGCACCAUGUGGACACGGAAGCCAACAUAGCCACAGAGGUUUGCCUGACCAUCCUAGACCUGCUGUCCCUCUUCACCCAGAUCCACCAGAGGCAACUCCAGCAAUCUGACUGUCAGAACUCAAUGAUGAAAAGGGUCUUUGAUACCUACAUGCUCUUUUUCCAAGUUAACCAGUCAGCCACAGCUCUGAGGCACGUGUUUGCUUCCUUGAGACUGUUUGUUAGCAAGUUCCCAUCGGCGUUCUUCCAAGGGCCGGCGGACCUCUGUGGAGCGUUCUGCUAUGAAGUCCUGAAGUGCUGUAAUCACAGGUCACGGUCAACGCAGAUGGAAGCCUCAGCCCUUCUAUACUUCUUCAUGAGGAAGAAUUUUGAAUUUAACAAGCAGAAGUCAAUCGUCAGAUCCCACUUGCAACUCAUCAAGGCUGUAAGCCAGUUAAUAGCAGACGCUGGGAUCGGAGGUUCCCGGUUUCAACAUUCCCUUGCAAUUACCAAUAACUUUGCUAAUGGCGACAAGCAAAUGAAAAACAGCAAUUUCCCAGCAGAAGUGAAAGACCUGACUAAACGCAUCAGAACCGUGUUGAUGGCCACAGCUCAGAUGAAGGAGCAUGAGAAGGACCCCGAGAUGCUGGUGGACCUCCAGUACAGCCUGGCAAACUCCUACGCCAGCACCCCCGAGCUGCGGAGGACUUGGCUAGAAAGCAUGGCCAAGAUUCAUGCGAGGAACGGAGACCUGUCGGAGGCUGCGAUGUGUUACAUCCACAUAGCUGCUCUCAUCGCAGAAUAUCUCAAAAGAAAGGGUUACUGGAAAAUGGAAGCGAUUUGCCCGCCAUCCCUGCGCCUGGAGGAGCCCCACCCUUGUGAUAGCACCUCAUUACUAACAACUCCCGGUGCAGGAAGCAUGUUCUCCAUGGGCUGGCCAGCUUUUCUGAGCAUCACACCAAAUAUAAAAGAAGAAGGAGCAAUGAAAGAAGAUUCAGGAAUGCAGGAUACACCAUACAAUGAGAAUAUCCUGGUGGAACAGUUGUACAUGUGUGUGGAGUUCCUCUGGAAGUCUGAGAGAUAUGAACUCAUCGCUGACGUCAACAAGCCCAUCAUUGCUGUCUUCGAAAAGCAGAGAGACUUCAAAAAAUUAUCCGAUCUCUACUACGACAUCCACCGGUCGUACCUGAAAGUGGCAGAGGUGGUAAACUCCGAGAAGCGGUUGUUUGGUCGCUAUUACCGUGUGGCCUUUUAUGGGCAGGGCUUUUUUGAAGAAGAAGAGGGCAAGGAGUAUAUUUAUAAAGAGCCCAAGCUAACAGGCCUCUCUGAGAUUUCCCAAAGGCUUCUGAAGCUCUACGCGGAUAAAUUCGGGGCAGACAAUGUGAAGAUCAUCCAGGACUCCAACAAGGUCAACCCCAAGGAUCUGGACCCCAAGUAUGCCUACAUCCAGGUGACCUACGUGACGCCAUUCUUUGAGGAGAAGGAGAUAGAGGACCGGAAGACGGAUUUUGAAAUGCAUCACAACAUCAAUCGCUUCGUGUUUGAGACGCCCUUCACGCUCUCGGGGAAGAAGCACGGCGGAGUGGAGGAACAGUGCAAACGUAGGACCAUCCUCACAACAAGCCACUUAUUCCCCUACGUGAAGAAAAGGAUUCAAGUCGUCAGCCAGUCAAGCACUGAAUUGAACCCCAUUGAAGUGGCCAUUGACGAAAUGUCCAAGAAGGUCUCAGAGCUCAAUCAGCUUUGCACCACGGAAGAUGUGGACAUGAUCAGACUGCAGCUGAAACUCCAGGGAAGCGUGAGUGUGAAGGUUAACGCUGGACCAAUGGCCUACGCGCGCGCUUUCCUUGAAGAAACCAACGCAAAGAAAUAUCCUGACAACCAAGUAAAGCUUCUAAAGGAAAUCUUCAGGCAAUUUGCAGAUGCAUGUGGGCAAGCCCUCGAUGUGAAUGAGCACCUGAUAAAGGAGGACCAGCUGGAGUACCAGGAAGAAUUGAGAUCGCACUAUAAGGACAUGCUCAGUGAGCUCUCCUCAGUCAUGAAUGAGCAGAUUACCUACAGGGAAGACCCGUCAAAGCACGUAGUGGAGCGAACCUGCACUCGAGUAACUAGCCGGACAGCCCCAGCCCCGCCUGCUGCGUCCAGCUCACCUAGUGCUGAGGCCUGAGUCUGCAGCAUUUGACACACCGCUGCAGAACUUUCUGGAUUUGCAUCUAAUCUCUGGGAAGAGAAAGACAGAUUUAAUUUAUUUGAACUUUUUAUAUUAAUUUUUUUUUACCUCGCUAGCUUGAGAUUUUUGCCAGCCUCCAGAUUUGCACUUUUUUGUGAUGUUUUUAUUUGUGCAGCAUUGAACUUUUUUGCUAUGAAAUUCCAAUCAGUAUGUAAAAGCGCAGAAGCGAACCCUACAUUUGCCUGUUGUCAGUUAUUAUAGGUUCAAUGUCAAGUUACAGUACAGUAUUUUAAAUGUCAGAGUGAAUGUUUUUGUAACAUUUCAGCCUAUUUCAAAUGUAAAUAGAAAAUUGUAAAAUAUAAAAUUUUUACCACAUUGAAGAGAAACUUUUUAGUUAAUACUUAUGACAAUACUAAAAUUAUGAGUAAUAUUUCAGAUACCCUGAUAUUAACAUAUUUGUGAAUGUGUACAAAAGUGUUGAUAAAUACUAAUCUUCAAAGUUUGUGGAGUUCCUUUAUUUGUAAUAUAUGUCUCAUAAAAGCAUUGAGAUGUGAAAUUAUAGAAGUAUUUUGUUGUUAAUAGAAAUAAAAAACACCCUUACUUUGCA